AGAUAUCUUGACGUUGCGUGAUGGCCUAUGGUGUAUACCUGCGACCUACUUCUGUAUAUAACGUCCCGAGCGAGAUAAACGACCCACUGACAGACUAUCAAACAGCAUAAGGACCAGAGACAGGAACGCUGCAUAAUCCGAGGAAGACUAGGAAAUCUCCCUACGCGGCCAGGCCGAUCAUCACGGUACCAACCCAGAGGCCGAAAGAUUUUGUGAAAAACAACUCCAAGAAAAUGUCAAUGGGACAGUUUAGAUCGAAAACAAACAACUCCAGCACUCGUGAAAAGAACCAAGGCAGAGAACAAAACGUUCAAAAUCAAGUACCGGUAGACAUGCAUAAACCGUCAACUGAAUUUGAAGGAACUGAUAGUUCACAAGGAAGAGAAAAUGACAGUGCAACUCAAAGCGAAGAACCGAAAACGACCGAAGUACUCAGGGAAUCUUCUCAAAAUGACAAAAAGGAGAACGAUGCUGAAAGAGAAGACGACGGGGAACAGAAUGGCGAAAUUCAUAGCGAUCCCGCAAAGUCCGAAAAUACAGCUAUUGACGUAGCCAGAGAUUCAGAAGAACCGAAUAACGAUAACAGUGUUACAAGUGGUGUGAAAUUGAGAAGCCUCAAAUCUUCAUCAGAAAAUAUCAACAAGUCUUUUUCUGCAAAUAAUGCAGAGCCAAAAGAAUCGUUCAUUUCACCCGAAAUUUGCUUGGAUCACGAUGGAGAGACAAUGAUUAUGUUCUGCAGCGACUGUAAGUCAUCGGUAUGUUCCGAGUGCAUCAGAACCAAACACAAGGAGCACGACUGGGUUCAACUCCAUAAAGCCGGAAUAGAAAUGCGAAAGAAGCUCACCCAGUACAGAACAGACAUCAACAAAACCAUCCUUCCUAAUCUCGCGGCAUGUCUGGAGAAAGCGCGAAUGGAAAAGGAAAGAGUUCAAAGUCAAACCAUGAAAAAAAUGGAAGAAAUUGUUGCUCAGAGAGAUAGAAUUCUAGCAACAGUCUCUAGACUAAGCCAAGUGAUGCUGAAUUCUUGUGAGGAAGAACUUAAAGGAAAUGAUAUCACCAUCAAUAAAAUGGAAACCGAUGUUUCUGAACUGGAACUCGUGGCCUCCAAGUUGGAGGAUGCCACUUUAAACUGUGCGAGCGACGCAGAGACUGUCCAGAUGGAAACUCGACUCUCGUCUAUUCUUCUCAAGACAGAACCAAACGAGGCGACUUUUAAUGCAGACAUCAAUUUCAUACCUGGAGAAAUCGACACAGAUCAGAUUCAAAUCAUGCUUGGGAAAUUAAUUGGUUUAGAAGACGAAACUGCAGAACAAGCAGACGACAAUCCAGAUGAAGUUGCCAUGGUGAGCUCGCGGUCACCAAGAAGACCACUACGACCACUGAAUGAUUUCCAGAAAUGCGUUCAAUGUAAACGGAUGGUUAAAAAUGUCAUCAAAGUUAAAUAUAUGUGUGGACAUAAGAUAUGUAAUUAUUGCUGGUUUGCUACUAUGAAUAGUACCCGUUGUCCCAAGUGCAACACACUUUAAAUUUACUUGUCAUGAAUUGUACAAGUUUCAUGUAAUGGACAUGUUUAAUUGCUUAUUGUACAGGUACUCCAAGAAUUGUGAACUGGCAACUUGAAUGCAUGCUUCCUUACAACACUUUUCACAUACAGUAUUAUCUCUCUACCAAUGAAUGCCCUUAGUAGUCUCGAUUUAUGUCUACAGGGGAUUAUCAGUGUUAUGUAGUAAGUAUAUUUACAAAUAUUUGUGUCUUUUAACUCCCACCUCUCAAAGGUAUCUCUAUGUCUUAAGUCUGUAAUCUACUUGCACAUCACAAGUUCGGCCUCAACAAUGCUCUACAUUGUUCAGCAAGUCUAACAAUUCUUUGUGUUGUAUUACAUCUCUAAACUCCAUAAAAUACAAUCAUACAACAGUUAAAUUUUUUCAAUUUAUU